AUGCAGGAGAAGAUGCGGCUGCUGAAGGAUGAGACCUCAUCCUACAUGCCAGUCGCAACAGACUUCAGCGAUGAUGGGAUGCCAACGUACGAUGACGUGCCGACUUCGUCUCUCUUGGCCUUGGUGGAAGCACCCGUUUUUCAAUCCUUUGUUGGCGCCGUUAUUCUCGCCAACGCUAUAGUCAUCGGUCUUGAGACCGACCAGAUAGCCGACUACGAAUGGCUAUUUCCGAUGCUUGAGGAUGCCUUCCUCUUUCUUUUUGCAGUUGAGCUUUUCAUGAGGCUUUGUGCUUAUGGCAUUUUGGGCUUCUUCAGCGCUUCUGGAUCUGACUGCGGAUGGAACGCCUUUGACUUCACACUGGUGUUUCUGGGGGUGCUUGAUCGCGGGCUCUCGGCUCUCAACCGUCUUCAGCAGGGUCCACAGCUCUACAUCGUCCUGAUGCGAGUCUUCAGGCUGCUGCGAAUCCUCCGGAUUUUCCGCAUUUUCCGAGUGAUGAGACAGCUGCACAUACUUGCUUCCAGUCUUUUUGAUGCGGUUCAAUCCGUAUUUUGGGUCAGCGUGAUAUGCGUUUUGAUCCUGUACAUUUGUGCCAUCGUCCUGACCAGGCUUGUGGGACAUCCAGUAGAUGGAGAUCCGUUGGCGCUGGUGAAGCAAGAGUACUUCGGCUCUCUUGGCUCAUCUAUGCUUACACUUUUCGAGCUCAUGGCUUUCCCAAACAUGGACAGAUUCCAACCAGUCUAUGCCAGCAACCCAUCUCUGAAAACCUUCUUGGUGAUUUUCGUCAUCUUCGGCGCGUUCAUGAUGGCCAGCAUCUUGACGGGUGUCAUCACCGAGGGCAUGGUGGAGAAGAGCCGGAUGCGACAGGAGGAUCGACGGUUUGAGAGGGAGACUGCUCGGGCGGUCUUCAUUCGAAUGUCCAGGAAGGUGCUGCAGGACCACAGUGGUACCCACUCGAGUUACAUCGACAAGCAGCAGUUCGAGAAGUGCAAAGAUAAGGUCCUCGCCCUCUCUGAGGCGGACUCUACCCCCCUUCGAGAGAAGGACCUAGACGCCAUCUUCGACUUGGUCGAUUAUGACGACUCUGGCAUUGUUGAGAUUGAGGAGCUCUUGUAUGGUAUGGUGCAAAUAUCCGCUGAGUUGCGUCCUAUGUCCAUACUGGAACUCAGACGCAGCUUUGCCCGUGGCUUGAAUGCGGUGAGCCAACAGGUCAGCAUGUUGGAUUCCCGGCUGCAGAUGAUGGACGCACGCUUGCAGGAGGCUUUGGCGAAGCCAAAGAUGGAUGCAAACCUGUAG